AGGAUGAAUGUAGGCACAGGGUGGAGCUAGCAACGUGAAAGUACAGUUUACAAUUCAAACUCACUGCUGCUAGAGAACAAAUGAGACUUUAAAGCUAACUUAACUGCGGUAUAAUGCUGUUAUACAAUCGUUAAAGAUCUACUAACAGUGAAUUGGCUUUCAAGUGAGGUACGUUAGAAUUUAAAACUGUAUAUAUUUGAAAAUGUGUCAGCCUGUUCGCUGUUAUUUAAAAGUGUCAGUUGAUCACACUGAAUGACAAAAUAAGUCAGUAUAAUCGCUAAUCACUCACUGUUUCUGUCUUCCUGAGGUAACGUACUUCUGCAAACUCGCCCAGGCGGCGGCUGUCACAGUCCACUGGUAGAGAGAGCUAACGUUAACUUACUACAGUCCUUCAAAUACAACCGGCAGACUUAUAAUGAGCGUGGAAAUCGACGACUCCGACGGUUUCUGAAAGCAGCGCGUCCAGUUACGGGUCACUGUCUGUCUCUACAUUCAUCGAGAGCGAAGUUCAACGCUCCUCCACGCAGACUGACCUAUGAUGAGUUUGAGCAGCGACUGGCGCGCAGCGAGCGCUUGAGAGGAAAACCCCGCCCACAGCAACUGAGCCGCGCUACUCCAGCUGUGUAGAGAAAUCAUGGACAGCUAUGAGGAUUUCUGCGCGCGCAUUCUGUGUGAACUGCAGUCGGAAAUGAUGCACGAGAAGAGCUGCAGUACCGCACCUGCUCGAGGGGUGGCGCACUCGCUCAUCUGCUUCCAUGGCAGGCCCCUUUUGUCUCCUGUUCUAAGUGAGAAACAAAGAAGGGAGAUGGUUGGAUACAGGAAAAGAGCUUCACAAAUGGAGGCUGAGAGACAGAUUCAUUACAAGAAAAACCUCCUCAAUCAGAUUCAGACCAUUCUUUGGACUGAUAUGCCACCAAAAAUAUUGGACGUGCCAAAGCUUUCAGAGCAGUGCCUGUCUCCAUCUCCAAAAACAGACUACAGGAAUAGUUUUACAGCACUAGAUAAUGCAAAUCUUACACCUACUGGGGCCACAGAGCCGUACAGUUUCUCUAGUCAGCAACCAGUGAGCCCUUCAGCUGAGCUGCCUGCUGUUAAGAGAGAAAAACCUGCAGAAGAAAAACAUAUGCAAGAGGAAAUUCAAACGGAAGGAGUUUGUCUGCAGAACCUACUGAAGAAAUCACGUGACUUCAUCGAAAAAGAGCAAGGUAAACAGGGGUCAAAGGUCAACAAAAUGGUUGAUCCAAGCAGGACACUCUCCAAAAGCCCGUCGGAUAAAGAACAUGACAGCUCUUUGGAUGGGACUGCAUCUGGUUUACCCUUUUAUAUUUCCUCACCAAACCAAACCUCUCCCAGUAACCUGAUAAGCCCAGAACCUGGUCUAAAUGCCAGUUUAAUUGCCAAACCCCACCGCGGACGUCCUCGUCCCAUUUCUGCUGGCAGUGUCUUCUUUUCUUUCCCUGAAAACCCCAACCAACUGAACAUUACAGCACAUGCAAGGCAGGACAGGAAAACUAAACGAACACUAAAAUCUCACAACCACACCGUGGGACGAUUAGAAACAUCUCCAGUGGAUCCUGAGCUCACAAGCCCUCUGUUUCGAAGGAGAUGCCACACGCUGGAUAGCCACCUGUCCUCACAUCAUCAGAGUCCAGUCAUAGACCGGAGCCAGGAGAGAAUGCCUCGGUUUAUGGCCGGGGUCACUGCGAGAACGCCCACUCGACUGUCUCCUCCUUCACCGAUGAACAAGACUUUCACACGGGACAGUCCCGUAGCAGGAAUCACCCCAGACUCUCCUUCUUGCGCCAAACUACCUUUUGAGACCGAAAGAAACAGUGUUAUUAGCACAAAACAAAAUGAGAUACAAUGGCAAGUCCACGCUCUAGAAGACAUGCAGAGGUCUCUGGAGGACGAGUAUGCUUUCCGGAUGACCAACUGCACCUCAGUCAGAAUCGGUGUGACGCAGGUUGUAACAGCGGAGCAGCAGAGGGCGCUGUGUCACCUCACUGCCGCUGUGAAGGGCUUCCUCACCAGACGACUGCUGAAAACAGAGAAAGUCAAACACCUGCGGCAAACCAUACAAGACACGCAAGAGUUCAUUCGUUCAUUCAGCACUGAAGCUCCUCAGAGAAACGACCCUCUGUCAGAGCAGGAUCUCUCUCUGCACGAGCGCGUCACAGCUCAGAUACAUGAUACCUUCUUCAACAUUAAUAAAAUCUACUACACUAUCACACUCGAGGAGCGUCUGUCUCUGCUGCAACAAGACAGAGAGCUGCGCACCGAGAGAAAGCUCAGAGAGAUGGAAAAAGCAAAAAGCCCCAAGGACAAGGUGAUUUUGUCGGCUGCUACCCAGAAAUCUCUUGACAGAAAGAAAAGAGUUGGCGAAUCUCCAAGUCAGACCAGAAGAACUCAGAAAACCAAGAGUCCUCCUACAAAAAGGUGAACACAAAAACUUGUGUUGAAGAUCCUGCAGCCCAGUCAGGGCCGGAACGCUCCCGUUUCAGGCCAGCCGCUCCUGCGCCGUGGGAGUUACAAGAAGACUCCAGAAGAAAGAGUCCAGCAUUCGGAGAGGCUGAAGAAACAGCACUCACUGGGUUGACCUCAUAUACACUUAUCAACUGAACAUGAAAAAAUAAUAUUGUGCUAAUCAUACUUCUAAAAAUACUCCCCUGCUAGCCUGCCAUCUCAUUGAAUUAUAACUAUUAAAUGUCAAUGAUAUCUAGUUCUUCCCAUUAUUCUACUACAUACAACAUAUAAAUAUAGAAUUAGAUAUUAUUUUGUUUCUUAUAGGUUACAAAACAAAUUAUAAUCCACUAAAUGACACUUGUAGAAAUUAUUACAAAUUCUGUAAAUGUAAUUUGAUCAACUAACACUUCAGUUGAAUUUGUGAGUUUUUUUUAUCAUAAUACUUUACUAUUUAGAACUAUAAUGAUAUCAGUCGUUUGUGAAUGUAUUUGCUCUUGACUUGUAUAAUUAUGAAGAACUCAACGCAUUUGUGGUAAGAAAUGGUA